CCUGCGCAAGGCGUACGUCAGUUUUGCCAACUCCCACCGUGCGGCAGUACGUAUUUCUCGGACGUUUUCUUUUCGGACGACGAAAACGUAGCCAGUGGCGUUUUCUUAUUUUGUUUUCAAACGUGACCUUCAUAGACUUUCCCUAUGAAUUGGUUCAAACUUACCUGUGAAUAAAAAACCAUUUCGGUGAAUUUUUUUCUAUCGUUUAAAAGUCAAUAACAUUAGUGAAAUAUUGAAUAAAGUACAGUUCAAACACCGGAUAAUAUUGGAUGUUACGCUUCCUUGGACAUCAUGAGGCGGAUGUGCCCGAGCUAGUACAUGAGUGAUAUGAGGUACAAAACCGCCAACAACAUGCGGGCUACAUCACAGGCUACCGACUAGCAAACAUUUGCGCUGCACGUUCUCUACACUGAGAUGCGACGGCAGGCUCGGAUUUCAGCCGGCGGCACGCUAGUGGUGCGUUCCGCCUCUGCAUUGCAAGUGUGGCUGUGGUUGCUGCUUUUUGUGUUCCAAAAUGAAUUUCGGAUAUCGAGGUCCAUUCAACCUGGAUAUUUGGACUUCGAUAAUCUCCCAGAAACAAAUUUCACGUGUGCUGGCAAGGUGAUUGGUGGCUACUACGCGGAUCUUGAGACGUCCUGUCAGAUGUUCCACGUGUGCACGGUUGGACAGCAGGACGAACCCAUGGAUAUCAAGUUCCUCUGCCUCAACGGCACUGUUUUUGACCAGGAGACAAGAGUAUGCGAAAGAGUAGACGAAGUAGAUUGUACAAAAUCUGAAAAGUUCUAUAGUUUAAAUUUAGAAUUGUAUGGAAGCACUACGCCACCAAUUAUACAACUUGAACCAACAAAACCUCCAGCAAAACCAACAGAGCAAACACGUAUGCAAAAUAAACCAAGUACUACAGAUAUUUCCGACCCGGUAGUAAAUUAUCUGCCUACAACGUCUAAUAGAGUUAUGAAUCAGCCGACAGAUCCCAUAGACUCUACUGAAGAUCCAAUACAAGAAAACAAAAAAGAUGAAUAUAAAAACACGUCAACAUAUCCAUCCUCAGCAUUGCCAUCAAGACAGCAAGAAAUACAACAUCUAGAAGAAUAUGAAGAAGAAGAUGACGCAAUAGAUGAUGAUGAAAACUCCGAUUACGAAGAAGAUUAUUCCCAUCCCCUGACGACGACUACUGUUCAAACCAUCACGACUACAUCCACAACAACAAAAACACCAUAUACGAGUACUACGUUGCCACCACAAACUACACGACCAACUCCUGCGACUCAUUUGAUAUCCUCACCUUCCCCAUCAAUUUCAUCUUUGUCACCACCAGUACAUUCUUCUUUAACUCCUUCGGCACCGCCUUCAACGACAUUAGAUCCCUCACUUUUAUCACCACAAGAAUUUAUUUACCGCCACCGAGGUCCAGGAUCUGAAGCCAUCUCUUUUCAACGCCAGAGUUUUCGUCCAGCUGAUGGUGUUUAUAUUACCCAUGCUCCACCUCACCAAUAUGACCACUUUCAAUAUGAGUCAUCUAGGACUGCACCACGACCUGUCGUGAAUCGUCCAGUGCCUUUUGUUCAACGCCCUCAACCGACGCCAUUCCGGCCAACUACAAUUGAUCCACGUGAUCAAAUUCUACGACCAGGUCCUAAUGCUCAGCCUUCUGAAAAAAUUGAGACUCCAGUAAAAAAUCGACCUCAAUCUCACCAUUCGCACUUGCCUGUACAACAACCAUUACCAUUUAACCCAUUCUAUUAUGAUCGUAAACGUAGCGACGAUGUGAUCCCAGAGGACGAGUCAUCCUUAUCAGCUAGAUCGGUAGCACCGCCUACUGUGAAAGCAAGAAAACCGUCUAAACCUAAAAGUCCACCACGUGUUAUAGUCACGGCUAGUGCAUCAGUUAGCGAUAGCAAUGGGAAAAAGCUAAAUUACACGGUUGGAAAUGUAGUCAGUGCUGUGAAACCAAUUGUAGCGAUUAAUUAUGACGACUACAAAGAAUCAGAUCUUAUAUUUGAUCCGUUUUUUCUCGAUGUGCCAAAACUACAAUCGCGACGUAAGACUAGAUCAAGCAAAUAUAGAAAAGUUGUUGCUGUUCCUGUAAAUUUACCAAUCUCAGUUAAAAUAUUGUCUGAAAAGGUUCCGUCCUCUACAUUUUCUCCUAUAACUUCACGAGCAACUACUACAAAAAUAUCAUCAACUACAUCGACGACUACAACUACCGCAGCAUGGAAUCCACAGGAUUAUGUUGAUGAUAACUACGAGCCUCAUGCCUAUAUACCACCUGUUCCUCCACUUGCAGUUUUAGUGACACAAGAUCAGAUAAAAUAUAAGAAUCAAGAAAGAAAGUCAAUGAAUAAUGUAUUGGGGAAAAAAAUACACGAAGAUAAGUUAUCAAACUUUCCUAAGGAACAUACUAAAAUUACGUCUUCUGUAGCAAAUACAAUCUCUAGUCAAAGUGUGGGUACUGAGGCUACGGUGGCGGUCACCUCACCGACUCCUAUCGAGGCGCCCGCCUGCAUUACUUCGCGCUCCACUGACUGUCGGAUUCGUGCCUAAUAAUUAGCUCACUUAAUACAUAGAUAAGUAGUAACAUAUUUAAAUAGGUAGUUAAAUUAAAUAAUUUUAUGGAACCGAUUACGUCUGAAUAGUUACUUAUUUCUUUUUAUUUGAUAUAAAUGUUAGAUCAGAACACCGUAAUUUUCUUUCCUUGGUUACCACCUCAUCCACAGGACAGCGUGGAAACGCAAGGUGUGAUCCUACCUCUCGAUGAAAAUGAUAGGAAUGCACACUUUAAAUUAUUCCGUGCAUGAUGUAUAUUGUAUUUAUAAUAAAAUGAAACGAAUGUUGUACAUAUUAUA